CCGCUUGUCACGCUGCUCACUCACUACCACAUAGAUCGAAAUAUCCGACGUCAACCUCCUUCAUCACUGCGGCGUCGAUCAGUGGCAGCUUUUGCGUCCUCUGCAGCUGUCCUUUGCUCUGUCUUCCUCGUCUUAAUCUAGCGAGCAGCUGCUCGCAAGGAGGAGGCAGAAGGAGCAGCCGCUCCCUGGUGCUGCCUAGCCAUCCAUCUGCAACGCUCUGCGUCUCAUCGAACUAGGCGUGGGCCUCUGACUGCUCAACAUGAGCACCAACAGCAGCUCAGAUACGUCGUCGCAGCGUCAAGACGCAGACCCUUCAGCUGCAUCAGGCAGCAGUAGUGGCUCCAAAGCUGCGAAUGGCGAUGCUGAGCGGCGUAACGGUGAAGACAGUGAGCGAGCAUCAAAGCGACACUCAAUAGCCACCACUCCAGCUUCACCCAGCCUCACCAUCAGCACCUUUGACGACGAUGAAAAGCGCAGCGGCGGCAGCAGCAACGAUCUGGCCUCGAGCUCGUCGCAGCUGCGACAGCCUGCGCCCAUUCGACCUGGUGAUACGCUGUCACCCUCAGCGUCACCCUCAUAUGCGCCACACAAGCAUCAUCAUCAACGAUCAAGAUCGGUCAAUCUGAGCCCAGUCAUGCGCGUGGGCUCCUUUGUCCCACCGCCCUCUUCGCCCAAAAAUGCUCCUGGCGGCGUCAAUCUCAAUCUAGCAUGGGAGAACAACUUUGCGAGUGGUAGCGGCGGAGGGGCCAGUACUGGUAGUAGCAGCAAUGCCGGCAGCAGCAAGUCGCCCAGUGCAGCCUUCAUUGCCAAUGGGAUGGACCCUCGCCAUCGAUCUGCGUCGCCUCUCAACCUUGGAGGCCCGCUGAAGGUGCCUGCUACAAGGCCAGCGAGUUCCGGCGGUGAUGCCAAUCACUCCUUUCCUCCUCACAUUGAGCGUCAGCUGCACUCUCGCUCUCCAGAACUGUCGACAAGACGUGGAGCUCACGGCUCUUCGUCAUCUGCGCAUCGCAAUGCCUCUCCAGCUCGCCUGUAUGCGAUGCCUGUCUCACCUCGCCUCAAGGCUUUCGGAUCAGAUCGAAUGCGUCGAUCCUCGAGCUCCUCGAGCAGCGGCAGCAGCGGCAGCGACAAAGGGGCACAUCAUACCGGCUCUUCCCCCCCCAAUCGCCCAGCAUCUCCAGUCCCGGGCCCCAUCAAUCCGGAUCCAGAGCAUGCGUUCGACUCAAUAUGGCCCUCAGACGCAGCGGUGGCUUCUACUUCCCCCUCAUCACCACAGCGGCAUCGUGGCGAGCUGCUACAUAAUUGGAUGAUGGAUCGCAGGAGGUCAGAGUCUCGCUCGCCCUCUCACGCCGAUGCGCAGCGAGCAUCAUUAGCGCGAUCUGCCUUUUCCUCAUCGCCGGGUAGCGCAGGUUCGGGCUCUGCGUCAUCGCCCAUCAUUAUCAAAGGUGGUGGACCAUUCGGCCACAGGAAGUCACUAUCGGCUUCGAGUAGCAACUCGAGCGCCUCGCCCACGAUCUCGAUUUCAAUGCUGGAGCCGUCGAGAGGUGGCUCGCCAGCGCCCAGUAGUACGCCGCCACCUGGUAGCGCUGGCCUACAUCGCUCGGCCAGCAAUCCAGGACUGCAGAUUGUUUCGCCGCCUCCUGCCAGAGGCAGCCCUGUCUCGCGUUUCAUCAGCCCGACGACGUCGAGCGUCAAGGUCGAUGCUCAGAGCGUCUUGGCAGAGGUGACGCCAAGCGGGGAAUCACCGCCGGCCUCGCCAAAGUCGCCGACGUCUUCUUCGCGAUAUCUGAGCAGCGGCAGCGAGGGGCAGGUGCAGAGACGAAAUAGUCUCAAUACAGCGCGACGACGGUCUCUUGCUCUGGGCGAUGGCAGUCCCACUUCUCCCAGCACUCUAGGCUCGCCGUCCUUUCCUCCACGCAGCGGCAGUACGUCGCCCUUUGCCAACAGGUCAGGCGCAAGUCUCGCACGCUCCCCUACACCAACCGCCCCUGGUACAUCGGAAUCGCCUCCCAAGACUCGCUCUUUCAUCGGCAUGCCACCGCGCUCAGGCUAUGAGCUGUCAGACGAUCCAGACGACGUUGGCUCAGAAGACGGGACGAGCAGCAGUGUCUCUAGCGGAGGUCAGGACGAUUCAAAGAGCCAAACGACGGACGAUGAUGAUGAGGAGCGACGCCGUGUGCGCGAGGAGGAUGACGACGACGAAGAAGACGCCGAUGAACGGGAGGAGAGGGAGACAGGGGCCUUCGAGGCUGAUGAAGAGGACGCGCUUGCCAAUGAGCGGCGCACGGAGAAUGCGAGGCAGCUGCGGGAUCAAAGUCCGUCACCGACGCCCGCAGGGGAGGAGACAGAAUCGUCGUCGACGCCUAUGCGACCUGCGUUGCCAAAGCGGCCCAGCCUCACGCGCUCGUCAGCCGUCCCCUCGAUGCCGCCAAGUGCGCCCUCGCAGCCCGCUCCUUCGUCCUUCAACCCCUUGCGACACUUUGAUGUCGGGGCAGGAGCCUCUGACCCAUCGAUGUGGCACGAUCCUGCAACCAACGCCGACAAUGCCCCGCCUGCAGACGGCAAUGACUCGCUGCUCGAAGGCAUCACGAUCCCUCCACCUGAUCCAGCGGACAAUCACCCAUCGUCCGAGUCACAGCCUAUCGCAAGCGCCGUGCUGGCCGCGAUGGAGGAUGACGACCAAAUAGGGCACGAUGAGGAGCACGACCUCGAGAGCGGAGGUGCGGGCGAAGAGGGUGAGGGCGAAGACUCUCACAGCCAGGACACCUCAGGCGGGGAGGAGUCCCUCUCGACGCUGGAGCGCAUCUUCCUCUUCGCCAAGAGCGAGAUGACGUAUCAUCGUAUCAUCGUCUCCCGCUCUCUCCCUCACUGGAUUCGCGAGGUCGAGCUGAGCGAGGCCGUCGAGUACGUCAUUGCCCUGCUCAAUGGCUUGGCAACGGAUGACGCCGAUGUCUGUACGGCAUUCGCCGGAGAGUUGGAUCAGAUCAUGUGGUUCUUCUUCUUGAACUGCCCACUGGCAGAGAAUGAUAGCGAGGAGGGAGAGGAUGGUGAAGGAGAUGCUGGAGAUGAGAGCAAAGCGACGAGACCGCGCCUGCCAGUGGGCGUCUUUACGCCGCUGAUAUGCGCGCUGCUCCUCAACCAGAAUGCAACUGUCGCACAGACGGCUCAGACUUCACUGGUGCAAUUCUUUCAGCGACUCAACCGCGGUGAGGAGGAUGAGCAGGAUAGGGAUGGGUUGGUCUUGCACGCUGCUGGGAGAGAGGGCGAGCUCGUCGACUACGAGGCGUACAAGCUGGAUGCGAAGGCGAAGCAGAUUGUUGCGAACGAGCUGCUCGAGCAUGUUGCCUUCUCGAUGGGCAGGCACAGCCAGCAGGGCCAAAAUCAUGAGGAGCACAGUGGCAACGAUCUGGGCGAGGUCGAGAAGGCGCAGGAGAACGGCGUUAGCGGGGACAAGGCUGUCGACGAGCCGCUCGGUCAAGCGCAGCCGUCAGAGAGCGACGAAGACUCGUCGUGGGAUGCAGAAAUGCGCGAGGACGGGGACAUUGACAUUGGCGGGCUGGCCGCCGACGACUGGCGCAAGAUCUCUUCUCCAUUCGGCAGCUCCUCGCCCAUCUUCGAUGCUUACGACCGCGCAGACAUCGACGAGGAGGCUGCGGUGGGGCGAAUGGCUGCCGUGAGCCUGAUUGGGGCCUUGAGCUUGGAAGCUGGCGCCGUAUCCCCCAGCACCGUCUCGGAUCGCUUCCUUCCCGAAAUUCUCUCCCUGCGCGAUGACGCUGCCUUUUACGUGCGCAAGGAAGUGGCUAUGGCCCUCGGCGCUCUCAGCAAGCAUCUCGACGCCGAGCAGGUGCAGGAGCGCGUUCUGCCUGCCUUCGAGCAGCUCUGCGCUGACAAGAUCUGGCACGUCCGCCAAGCCGCCACGACUUCGCUUCCGGCCAUCUUUGGGCGCGUUAAGGGCCAGGUCAAACGCGAGACGGUCGUCAAGCUCAUGCGGGCUUUUGCCGGUGAUGUGUCGCGCAAUGUCAGGACAACGGCGCUCGAGAUCAUCGGCGAGGCUAUUUACCUCUUUCAUGAGGAUGAAGGCGGGGUGCCGCAAGAGCUGGUGCGCUUCUUCCUUGGCGAGCCGUUCGACGAAGAGCAGGAGAGCAGCAGUGCGGGCGAGGGGCUCAGCAACGACAAGCAGGAUGGCAGCGAGGGCAGCUUCCUCUUUGCCGACUUUGACUUUGGCUCGGCGAUGAAUGGCGGCGCGAACAAGCGAUCUACGAUGUUGGCGGCGUCAGGCAGCGAGUCUGGCGUGCCGCCCACGCCGCUGUGGGAGCGUCCCGACUACAAUGCUGGCUUCGAUGAUGCGGACCGACGACUGGUCAUGGCCUACAACUUUCCCGCUGUCGUCCUCACCCUCGGCGGCGAUGCGGCAUGGCCUCGCCUGCGUCAGGCGCACGCUCGUCUCAUCUCCUCGGACUCGCCCAAGGUGCGCCAAUCGCUCUCUGCCUCUCUACACGAGAUCGCCAAGCUUGUCAGCACUGAAACGGUGCGCGAUGAGUUGCUGCCAACAUUUGAGCGGCUGCUCUCGACCAACGACGAGGAGAGUGAUGUCAAGGCCGCGCUGCUGGAGAACGCGAAUGUGCUCCUCUCACGCGCACCCAAAGAUGCAGCGCUACGCCAGCUCGGUCUACUGCGCGACCUCUGGUCAACAAGCUUCGCCAACGACUGGCGAUUACGCGAGGCCCUCGCUUUGCAAGUCCCGCUCCUCGCCGACUCGUUCGUAGGAGACGACGAUGAGGGCUGCUUGAUGAGCAUCAUGCAGGCGGCUUUGUGCGACGCCAUCUCGUCUGUGCGCGAUGCGGGUGUCAAAGCAGUGCCAGCGCUGUACCGCAACUUUGUGCUGCAGCACGACCAGACAAUUGCGGACGGUGUGCUAGGGAUGUUGAGCGACAUGGGAGAGGCAAAGAGCUACCGUGUGCGCGUUGGUUUUCUCCGCGCUGUUGAGGCUUUGGUGCGGGAAGAGGGCGGCGAGGCGGAGAAUGAGCAGAGCAAGGAAGGUCAUGGUCGCCUCAACGCUGCUUCGUUCAGGCUUGUGGUGCUGCCCCGCCUCAUGGAGCUGGCCAGCGAUCUCGUGAUCGACGUGCGUCUGGCCCUCUCCAGCCUGGUCACCACCAUCUGCCACCGACAUCAGCAAAGCGACAAGAGCACAGAGGAUGGCGAGGGUGGCUUCUCCCGCUCGUCACGCAUGAUCGACCUACUUCGCCACCUCUCUCGCGACUGGAGUUCGGAAGUGCGCGACCCAGUCCUCGCCGUGCUUGCUGUCAUGUUCGGCCAGGAAGACCCCAUCUGCCAGCUCGAAGAGGGGCAAGCGCACGAGCGUCGAGCCCGAAGGCGUAGCGAGCUGGUACUGGGCCCAGCUGACGGGGGACCACAUCGUCCGCCGCCGAGCGAGAAUGGCGACUACCAGAACAAUGGCGGCACAUUGACGACGAUGAUGGACUUUGACCAAGACGGCGAGGACGAGGAUGACGAGGGGCAACAGGGGAUUGGAGAGCCCUUCCAGAUGGACGAGGAUGAUCAGCCCUACAACUCGCUGCAUCAGCGACAGAGGCGGAAUCGACAUCGCUCGCACCAGAUGAAUGGGCAUCGCGGGUACGAUGACGACGAGGAGGAUGACGAUGAGGGCAUGGAGGACAUGCUCGACUCGGACCUCGAGAUGGUCAAUCUGGACGACGCCGCGGAGGCGAAUGGCGAUGCAGACGCUACGAUGACGGACGACAAGCAGGGCGCCAACGUGCUUGGCCUCGAGAAUCACCCCUCGACAGCAUCGGCAGACGAGUCGUUCGAGAGCUUCACUUCGAGCGACAGCGGAGAUGCCGGCAACACAGGCGAGAUCAUGUACCUCACCUCGCCGGAGCGACCUUGCGAUGUCUGGAGCGGCCAGCAGUCCUUCUUCAGCGCGUCCCACGACGAUGCCCCGCCGCAGGGAAAGGAGGAGCCGCCGGCCAAGGGCGAGGCGGGCGAGGAGCAAGAUGAUGGCGGCAGCGAAGAGGGGAGCGACGAUGAGGGCCAAGCAGAGGCCAAGACUUCGUCUGCAGAUCCCUUCUUGAGUUUCGUCAGCUUCAACCUGGGCGCAGCGGGCAAGAAGAGUAGGAGGAGGAAGAAGAAGCAGGCGCCUGAGGCCACGUCACCAGAUGCGGAGGCGGGGUCGUAGAAGGGGAAACUUUCAUUUGUACCGAUUUGUAGCCCGUUUCGUUGUCAUUGCUACGAUUCGAUCAAUCCGCACUUUUGCAAGCACAAG